AUGAAACGACAGGAUAUUUUCCGGCACUGGAUUUAUUUUAUAUUCUACGCAUCUCAUAUAUGGAGUCUCGCCGCAGCACAGGUCGUGUAUUCGGUUACGGAGGAAUCGAGCCCGGGUACCACUGUGGGACAUUUGGCGAAGGAUUUACAUUUAGACGUACAGGAACUGGAGGGCAGAGGUUUUCAGAUUUCCGGACCUAAUACGAGGUAUUUCGAAGUAAACGUUAAGACUGGAAUACUUCUGGUGAAAGACAGAAUAGACCGAGAGGAGCUCUGCUCGCGUAAUGUGAAAUGCUCCCUGGAAGUGGAAGCCAUUGUUAACUCUCCGCUCAAUCUCUAUCGCUUCGAGGUUAAAAUUUUGGAUAUAAACGACAAUGCACCAUCUUUUCGGAUUCCGGGGAUUGUUUUGAAUGUGUCUGAGUCAGCUUUCCCUGGUGAAAGGUUCACGCUGCCAAACGCCUUCGAUGCAGAUGUCGGGAGUUAUUCUGUAAAGGGCUACAAGCUGAGCCAAAAUGAACAUUUCACCCUGGAUGUGCAGAAUAGUGGGGAGCAGGCAAUGUCCGCUGAAAUGGUGCUACAGAAAGCCUUAGACCGCGAGAAACAGGCGGUUAUAAAACUAACACUGACAGCCGUAGAUGGAGGAAAACCUCUGAAAUCUGGCACGUUACAUAUCACUGUUAAUGUACAAGAUGUAAAUGAUAAUGUUCCCAUUUUUGAUAAGCCGUUGUACAAAGCCACAGUGGCAGAAAACACGCAGCAAGGUGCAGCCGUCAUUUCUGUACACGCUCGGGAUUUAGACGAGGGUCUCAACGGAGAAAUUAUAUAUUCUUUUAUCAACCACGACAAUGACAACAACGUCAAUAACUUUCAAAUUAAUGCAGUAACUGGAGAGAUUACGGUGAAUGGUGAGUUGGAUCAUGAAAAAAGUAAAGCAGUUGAAAUCCGAGUCCAAGCGAAAGACAAAGCGCAAUACCCAAGAGCAUCUCACUGUAAAGUACUCGUUGAAAUCACGGAUGUAAAUGAUAAUCCACCAGAAAUAUCAGUCACGUCUUUAGUCGACGUAGUGAAGGAAGACGCGGCCCCGGACACAAUGGUUGGACUCAUAACGGUCAGAGAUAACGACUCUGAUAAAAACGGUGUUGUUCAAGUUAAAAUAGUUGAUCCUGUGCCGUUUAAAAUUAAGAACACUUACAAGAAUCAUUAUUCGUUGGUCGUAGACGGAACUCUAGACAGAGAACGAGCUUCCCUAUACAAUGUUACAAUAGUAGCGAGUGACGAGGGAGUCCCACCUCUUUCCAGUACAAGUGUUAUUACAGUCCACGUUUCUGAUGUCAACGACAACGCACCUCGUUUUAAAGAACCUGUCAUAAACAUUUUCGUCAAAGAGAACAGUCCUGUAGGCGUCAUCUAUACCAUGACUGCAGAUGAUCCUGAUGUGGACGAAAAUGCAAAAGUAACGUUUUCUGUAAUGAAUAAUAAAAACAACAAAAACAAUGUAAUAGGGUCAGUUAUAAACGUCAACUCAGAGACAGGAGAUAUAAUCAGUCUGCAAUCGUUUAACUUCGAGGAGUUAAAAACGUUUCAGUUUAAAGUUCAGGCCACAGACUCUGGUGUUCCUCCGCUCAGCAGCAACGUGACUGUGAACGUUUUUAUCCUGGAUGAGAAUGACAACAGUCCUGCGGUUCUUUCUCCAUAUUCUGAGCACGGCUCUGUUAACAGUGAGAGCAUCCCCUAUUCUGCUGAAGCGGGAUACUUUGUGGCAAAGAUCAGGGCUGUAGACGCAGACUCUGGAUACAACGCGCUGCUUUCUUAUCACCUCUCUGAGCCAAAAGGAAACAACCUCUUCCGGAUCGGAACCAGCACCGGGGAAAUCAGGACUAAGAGGAGAAUGAGUGACAAUGACCUGAAAACUCACCCCUUGGUGGUGCUGGUUUCUGAUAACGGAGAACCCUCCCUGUCAGCUACUGUGUCUAUAGAUGUGGUGGUGGUUGAGAGCACAGCUGACAUCCAGACUCAGUUCAGACAUGUGCCCACAAAGGACGAUGGCUUCUCUGAUUUAAACCUGUAUCUGCUGAUCGGCAUCGUGUCGGUGUCAGUCAUCUUUCUGCUGAGCCUCAUCACUUUAAUUGCUGUCAAAUGCCACAGGACAGACAGCAGUUUCAGCAGGUACAGCGCCCCAAUGAUCACCACCCACCCUGACGGGAGCUGGUCUUACUCUAAAGCUACUCAGCAGUAUGACGUCUGCUUCAGCUCAGACACGCUCAAGAGUGACGUAGUGGUUUUCCCCGGACCGUUUCCGCCUGUAGAUGCGGAGCUGAUCAGUAUUAAUGAAGGAGACACUUACAACAGGACUCAGACUUUACCGAACAAAGAAAAGGUGAGUUGA